GUCCUGCUUCGCUCCCUGGGAACCUCGGAGGAUUUCAACUGCUCUCUCUCCCCCCUCAGACUGCCAGGAGCUCCCUGUAAACAGCCCGAAGGGGCCCAGGAUGCAGCUACUUGGAAGGUGUUGAUUGAAAACUUCGAUCCCCCCACCCCAGUCACGCUUGAUUUGCCUGAUUUCUCAUCUCGUUCACGGAGAAUAUAUUUCAAUUAAGGUCCCUUUAGAUGGACUAUAAUACAGCAGCGAUCUUUUCAUCAAAAGGAUUAAUGCCCGCAUUAUCAUUUCUGCAAUAAAAUACGAAGCUAAGUGGGGGAGGCCACGGACAUCUGAAAGCGGGAUUCCACAAUUCUACAUCAAGCGUGGGAGUUCUGAUCGCUCUGCUGUAGACAAGCCUUUGCCAAUGCUUACAAGGAACUGCUUAUCCCUCCUUCUCUGGGUCCUGUUGGAUGGAGGUCUCCUAAUACCACUUCAACCGCAGCCGCCACAGACCUUCGUCACAGAACCAAGAGACAAUGUCAUCCACCUGCGAGGGCGCCGUUCUCAUUUCCAGCGAGUCAAACGUGGCUGGGUAUGGAAUCAAUUCUUUGUGCUGGAAGAAUACAUGGGCUCCGAACCGCAGUAUGUGGGAAAGCUCCAUUCCGACUUAGACAAGGGAGAGGGCACGGUCAAGUACACGCUCUCAGGAGAUGGCGCCGGCACUGUUUUCACCAUUGAUGAAACCACAGGAGACAUCCAUGCGAUAAGGAGCUUGGAUAGAGAAGAAAAACCUUUCUACACACUUCGUGCCCAGGCUGUGGACAUAGACACAAGGAAGCCCCUGGAGCCGGAAUCGGAAUUCAUCAUCAAAGUGCAGGACAUUAACGAUAAUGAGCCAAAGUUCUUGGAUGGGCCUUACAUUGCCAGUGUCCCAGAAAUGUCUCCUGUGGGUGCAUACGUGCUCCAGGUCAAGGCCACAGAUGCAGAUGACCCCACCUAUGGGAACAGUGCCAGAGUCGUUUACAGCAUUCUUCAGGGACAACCUUAUUUCUCUAUUGAUCCUAAGACAGGUGUUAUUAGAACCGCUUUGCCGAACAUGGACAGGGAAGUCAAAGAACAAUACCAGGUGCUCAUCCAAGCCAAGGAUAUGGGUGGACAGCUGGGAGGAUUAGCUGGAACCACGAUUGUCAAUAUCACCCUCACUGAUGUCAAUGACAACCCUCCUCGAUUCCCCAAAAGCAUCUUCCACCUGAAAGUUCCUGAAUCUUCUCCUGUGGGUGCAGCCAUUGGAAGAAUAAGAGCCGUGGAUCCAGAUUUUGGAAAAAAUGCAGAAAUUGAGUACAAUAUUGUUCCGGGUGAUGGGGGGAAUUUGUUUGACAUCGUCACAGAUGAGGAGACACAGGAAGGAGUCAUCAAAUUGAAAAAGCCAUUAGAUUUUGAAACCAAGAAGGCAUAUACUUUUAAAGUGGAGGCCUCCAACGUCCACCUCGACCACCGAUUCCACUCCGUGGGCCCCUUCAAAGACACGGCCACGGUGAAGAUCAGCGUGCUGGACGUGGACGAGCCGCCCGUGUUCAGCAAGCCUCUGUACACCAUGGAGGUCUACGAAGACACGCCGGUGGGGACCAUCAUCGGGGCGGUGACUGCCGAGGACCUCGAUGUGGGCAGUAGCGCUGUGAGGUACUUCAUAGAUUGGAAGAGUGACGGGGACAGCUACUUUACAAUAGAUGGAGCUGAUGGAACCAUUGCCACUAAUGAAUUACUAGACAGAGAAAGCACUGCGCAGUAUAAUUUCUCCAUAAUUGCGAGUAAAGUUAGUAACCCAUUAUUAAUUAGCAAAGUCAAUGCGCUAAUUAAUGUUCUGGAUGUCAAUGAAUUUCCUCCAGAAAUAUCUGUGCCAUAUGAGACAGCUGUGUGUGAAAAUGCCAAACCAGGACAGAUCAUUCAGAUUGUCAGCGCUGCAGACCGAGAUCUGUCACCUGCUGGGCAGCAGUUGUCCUUCAGACUCUCCCCUGAGGCUGCCAUCAAGCCAAAUUUCACCAUCCUGGACUUCAGAAACAACACAGCUGGAAUUGAAACCCGGAGAAAUGGAUACAGCCGCAGGCAGCAAGAGUUGUAUUUCCUCCCAAUCAUAAUAGAAGACAGUAGUUAUCCUGUGCAGAGCAGCACCAACACAAUGACUAUUCGAGUUUGUAGAUGUGACACUGAUGGUACCAUCCUGUCUUGUAAUGUGGAAGCAAUUUUUCUACCUGUAGGACUCAGCACUGGGGCUUUGAUAGCAAUCCUACUAUGCAUUGUCAUACUUCUAGCCAUCGUGGUGCUGUACGUGGCGCUCCGAAGGCAGAAGAAGAAAGAUACCCUGAUGACCUCGAAGGAAGAUGUCAGAGACAACGUGAUCCACUACGACGACGAAGGCGGCGGCGAAGAGGACACCCAGGCUUUUGACAUCGGUGCUCUGAGGAAUCCAAAAGCGAUUGAGGAUAACAAAAUUCGCAGGGAUAUAAAACCAGACUCUCUUUGUUUACCUCGUCAGAGACCAGCAGUGGAAGAUAAUACAGAUAUAAGGGAUUUCAUUCAUCAAAGGCUACAAGAAAAUGACGUAGACCCCACCGCCCCUCCAUAUGAUUCAUUGGCCACGUACGCCUAUGAAGGCAAUGGGUCGGUAGCGGAAUCGCUCAGCUCUAUAGACUCUGUCACCACAGAGGUGGACCAGGACUACGACUUUCUCACUGACUGGGGACCCCGCUUCAAAGUCUUGGCAGACAUGUUUGGUGAGGAAGAGAGUUAUACUCCUGAUAAAGUCACUUAAGGGAAAAUGGAAGCUAAAACACAACCGAGAGGAAAAUCCAUUUUAAAAACAUAGAAAAAGAAAGGGGAAAAAAACACACUAAUAAAUCAA